AUGUCACCUCCGGAAUGCUCUGAGUGCUUUGGUGACCAUCGUCUGCGUAGGACUUAUACCUGGCACCUCACAUUGCACUCACAGCCAAACAUUAUAAGAGAUACCAGACCUGAAAGCCUAGAAAUUCCAGUCAAUGUGAUUCUACCUCAGAGGGGCACAGCUGAGCCCUUCCUGAGGCUCCUCAACUUGUACCCAACCCCACGCUGUGCCAGGCAGGCCACCCUGCCCAGGCUGAGCCGCAGGGUGGUCAGCCAGCAUUCCUACCCACUGAAUUGCUUCUCCUCUGUGCCCUUGGACCCCUUGGAGCACCCCACCUCCCAGGCAGACCUUGAGCUGGAUUACAAUCCUCCCCGUGUGCAGCUCAGCGAUGAGAUGUUCGUCUUCCAGGACCGGAGGUGGGUGAGCAAAAACCGCCGCCUGCAGUCCUCCUACUUCUCCCCCUCCUCCUCCUUCCACCACAAGCUGCAGCCCAAGAGGCUGUCCAGGGAGCUCCUGCUGCGGGACGAGAACAAGGCCCUCUGCCAGGAGAACAAGAUCCUGCAGAGCUUCUGGGAGGAGCACAAGACCACUCUGGGCUGGGAGGAGAGCAGGGCCUCCUCGCCACUGCUGCCCAAGGACAGCACGUCCCUGGAGGCGGCGAAGAAGGACCCGGCCCUGCAGAUGCACCGCAGCAAGGAGGACGGCACCCUUCAGCUCCUCAGGGGGGAGAACUGUGCCCCGAAGCAGCUGCUUGAGCAGAGAAGGGCCUACUGGGCCCAGGUGGGGAAGACGACCCCUGCUGAGGAGGACAGGCGGGCCCCCCUGCUCCACGAGGAGCCCCACAGCCCCAGGCUGCUGCCGGACCAGGGCCCAGGCCUCUCUUCUCCCUCUGAGGAGCCAAAGCCCUGGGACCUGCAGGAGGACCCCAAGACGCUCCGUGCCCUGCGUGAGAUGGUCAACAACCUCUCUUCGUCUUCCAGGCAGGAGGAAAGCAGAGGCGGCCCUGGCCUGCCUGACGGGGGCCAGUCGCUGGAGCUGCUGAGAGAGAUGAACCAGGUGAGGCAGGCCCUGCAGUCCCUGCAGGAGGAGAACCAGAACGUGCAGGCCCUGCAGGAGGAGCACAGGGCCCUGCACGUGCUGCGUGAGGAGCACAGGGCUUUCCGGGAGGAGAGCAGGGCCCUGUGGGAGAACAACACGCUGCAGCUGCAGCAGAGGCUGGUCAUCGACACAGUGACAGAGGUCCCCACCAGGAUGCAGACGCUCGUCGAGGAACUCUCUGCCUUAACGCCGGCCAGGAGCAAGGAACCCAAAAAGCCCAGCAGGGUCUGA